GUGUGUGUGUGUGUGUGUCUGUGUGAAUGUGUCUGCACGGCGCGCAAAAAGUAAAAGUUGUUUUGGUUUUGACUGUUCUAAUGGGGGGCGGGGAGUGAACACUGGUAUUAGAAGGGAGUCCUAGAGUCCCAGAAUUGUGAUGCGGAAUUCCAGUCUACCUGACAUUUCUUCAUCCUCUUCGGUAGGAGGCUCGACGGGGAAAACAGCAGAUCUGAGAUGUCUGGUCCUUGGUGGACACCUCGUUCUGAUCUUGGCACCCCCUUUAGAUGCUUCGUCCCACCUCUCGGGGCAGAAGGGCAAGCAGGGGCAGACUCUCUGUGAGUCAUGUUCCAGGCCUGGAGUGGUGGAGGGAAGCGCCGCCUCUCCUUGGGCCCCUUCUCUCCCCCUUUUCCCCUCGGCGGCUCUGGGUCUUGCCAGAUGCUGCGCUACAGGCACCGGUUCCCCAUCACCAGUUCCGUUGGACCCGGGGUGAUCGUCUCGUCCCCUUGGCCCGCGGUGGUCGUAGCGUCUCCGAGGCCGAGGGCUCCUGCAGGCUCCCCGUGGCCCCGGGUGAUUGUCGGUACCCCCGCGGCCGCGGGUCAUCGUCGGGUCCCCACGGGCCCGGGCCGCCGGGGCGGAUCAGGCCUCCGCGCCUUCCCGGGGAGCCCCCCAAGGCCGCAGACAAGAUGAACAUUCUGGCGCCCGUGCGGAGGGACCGCGUCCUGGCGGAGCUGCCCCAGUGCCUGAGGAAGGAGGCCGCUUUGCACGUGCGCAAAGACUUCCACCCCCGCGUCACUUGCGCCUGCCAGGAGCACCGGACAGGCACCGUGGGCAGAUUUAAGAUAUCCAAGGUCAUCGUUGUGGGGGACCUGUCCGUGGGGAAGACCUGCUUCAUUAAUAGGUUCUGCAAAGACACCUUUGACAAAAAUUACAAGGCCACCAUCGGAGUGGAUUUUGAGAUGGAACGAUUUGAAGUGUUGGGUGUCCCCUUCAGUCUCCAACUUUGGGACACUGCUGGGCAGGAGAGGUUCAAAUGCAUCGCUUCCACCUACUACCGAGGAGCCCAAGCCAUCAUCAUCGUCUUCAACCUGAAUGAUGUGGCAUCCCUGGAGCAUACCAAGCAGUGGCUCGCUGAUGCACUCAAGGAGAAUGACCCUUCCAACGUGCUUCUGUUCCUUGUGGGUUCCAAGAAGGACCUGAGUACUCCUGCUCAGUAUUCCCUAAUGGAGAAGGAUGCCCUCAAGGUGGCCCAAGAGAUUAAGGCUGAGUAUUGGGCAGUGUCCGCCCUCACUGGUGAGAAUGUCCGGGAAUUCUUCUUCCGUGUGGCAGCAUUGACCUUUGAGGCCAAUGUCCUGGCUGAGCUGGAGAAAUCGGGGGCACGGCGCAUUGGGGAUGUUGUCCGCAUCAACAGUGAUGACAAAAACCUCUACCUAACUGCCAGCAAGAAAAAGGCCACAUGCUGUCCCUGAAGAGUGAGGACUGUCCAGAAACUGCCCGUUCCUGGGGCAUUGUGCCACACCAACUGCUUCAGAACUCAACCCCUGGACAUUUGCACUGUUUUUCCAGACCAAAGAACUGCCCCUUGAAGGCAGUGACCCCAGAGGGUAACUGGGACCAUGUUAGUCACUUCCUGCCCCCAGGCACCAUGCCAAAGACUGGAUGACCCUUGACUCCUCUGGGGCUCUCCAGGGUGCCUGGUGGGGGCCAGUGUUCCUGCUGCUUUUGCUCAGCCCGCUGGGCCCUUUAUGUAUGAUGAUGCUUAAUAAUUCCAGCCUUAUACUGUGCCUUAUGCAUUAAAAUCUGUUAUUAGCA